CACCUUCACUGCCUGCCCAGUUUUGUUUACAUAUCCUCCUCUAACCAUCGGUGCAUGAACGCGUGCAGGCUGAACAAUCGUCCUCACCAUUGUCCAAGACCAGAUUGCCCGCUUGCACUUCUUGCUCAGAUCCUACCAGGAAGCAUCACUCAUUUUAACCUUGUCCCACCAAUAUCACCAUAAGUCCUUCGAAAGAUACAUAUUUCACUGCUUCUAUGGACGAUAGAGGCGACCGUAAGCGCAGGCUUACCGAGGAAGCAGGACAGCCCGCACAGGUGGCCGUCAACGGCACAUCGGCGCCUUUCACUCCUCCAGCCAACAAGCGACAAUUCACAGGGAGCGGUAGCUCAAGUCCGCUCAAUGCCGCCAAAGACGAAACAGAAAACAUGACAGCUGCUGAGGGCGUUCUUCUCAACUUCCAGAAAGAGGCUAUUUGGAGACAGAUUCAGGAAUACAAAAGAGAGGCGACAAGAGCGAAAGAGCGGAUACUCCAGCUAGAAGACAAGCAAACGGAUUGCGACACUCAGAUCAAUUCCAUUGAUUCUUACUGGAGCAAGUUGCUGGAUGACCUGAAAGCAAUGAUAUUGACCUCCAAAAUUACAGUGACUAGAGAGGAUAUGGUCUUGCAAGACGAAAAAAGUUUUGCCUCAUUACUUUCUCAAGGGAUGAAUUCUGAGCAACAGAACCAGGAGCCGGAGCAGGAACAGGAUAUCCGAGAGCUUACUGAAAUGGCCCUAAAGCCAUCAGUAGAGGAAGCUGCUUCGAGACGCACAAAGGAAAUCGCAUUAAAGUUGUUACGCAGAGUUGAAGAGUGGGCGGAGCAGCACAAUACCUUCUGGGACACCGUAUGGGAAUCAGACCCAUCUUUACAGCAAAGCAGCGAAAUCCAACAGUUGUCCGCACAACACAAUAUCAUCACACAACAAUUCAAGAAGGGACUGUCUGAUAUUGACCAUCUGCAGGCCAAGUGUCACCAGUUCGCAGACCACGUCAUGCGAUUGAAGAACGGCCUGGAGAUGACCCAAAACCGACUCAAGGAGACAGCGGAGGAGAUGGACGAGUCAACAGCACAGCUGAAACGUUUGGAGAGCAACAUCGAGCGCGAAAAGAAUGCGCUCGUAUCAUCAGGAUCCAACAGCACCGGAGUGUCAGAUGUUACCGUCCCUACUGCUCUUGCAUUGACUGAGAUGAGCGAAGCUUCGCGGGAGGAGCUACUGCAGUUCCGCAAACUUGCAGUUUCACGCUUGGAAGAACUGGAGGAGAUGAAAGGACAGAGGACACAGCUGAAGGAUGAGCUGGACAAGAUCCGUGCACAACUCAGCCAUCUUUCGGACGAGAAGACUCAGGAUUCGCAGUAUGUCAGAACUCUUUUGGUUCAAAUCCAGUCAGUCCGCCAUGACGCCGAUCACUGCCGUGGCGAAGUCUUGAGGUUGAGGUCGGAUCUGGAUGACCUUCGCACGAGCCGUCGCAGGUUCGUCGAUACAUUAGAAACCGAAGAGAAGAACCGAAGGGCUACGCUGGAAGCAGAAGUCAAGAAACUGGAGAAUGAUAUUACUCGUGUCAGGGACAGCCGUGAUCGCUUCCAGCAGAUGUAUGAGAAUCGCUGCACCAAGGACGACUAUGAGAUGCAGCAAAACCAGGAAAUUCGGAAGAUUGCCAACACGCGCAAGGACCGUAUCACCGCCCUUACCGCAGAGAUUCAGCGACUCCAAACAAUGCUGGCUACCAACUCUGACGACUGGAGCUCGUACGCCUUUUAUUUGAAGGGAUCCAAUGAUAAAACGACUCUGAUGGAUCUUCGAAACAAGCUUGGCGUGGCGGAGGAGCAAAUCAAGUCGAUCAGCAUCGAGCUGGAGUCAUCCAAGGAGACGGCAUUACAGGUUCGCGAUCUUGCAGCCGUAAACGCAUCUGAGAGCGAACUCAAACAACAAGUGGAAAUGCUGUCGACUAAACUGGCACAGCUGGACAGCCUGGUUGGAUCAAGGGCGGACGAGAAAAUCAAAGAGCUCGUGGCAACGAUUAUGACGAAGGAUCAGGCUAUCGAGCGCCUCGAGCUCAAGGUCCGAGCCCAUGAGGCAGUCCAAGCGCCGCUGCUGAACGAGCUGCAUACUGUUGCUAAUGCUUGGGGUCAGCUUGAGGAGGCCACGUCCCGCAAGGCCAUUGAUCUCGCGCAAAAGGAGGACCUAAUAUUUAAACUGCUUUCGGACAAGACCAGACAAGAACAAAAGUGCAAUAGUUUGAUCCGCGCCAAGGAGCAGAGUGCCAAUAUGACGGCGGUGAUGAAGCGACAGUCGGACAUGCAACUGGACCAGGUUCGAAGACUGGAGGAGCGGGAGAAGAACCUGAGCCAGCAAAUGGCCACGCUGGAGAAGGAGCAGACUGUACUCACGGGUGAGCUCACGGUCCAUAAGUCGAAACUACAAGAGUUUUCGCAGCACAACUCUAGCUUUAAGGAAAAGUAUGCCAAGCAGGAGGAGCGUUUGGUUGAGCUGCAGACACUGCUGAAGGAGAGGACGGACGCGUUUGAGAGUGAGUCAGCGUCACGGAAGCGGGCACAGGAGGAGUUUGAAACGAUGAAGCGCAAGAUCGAGGAGCAUGCCAAGAAGACUGAGGGAUCUUCAGGGGACUCUGAGGCGUCGAAGCAGGCGGCGCGGUACCUGAAGCUGCUCAAGUGUCCAGCGUGCGAUGUUAACUUCAAGUCGCAUGUGAUCUUGCGCUGCAUGCAUGUGUUCUGCAAGAGUUGCAUGGACAAGCGGAUGGAGUUGCGCCAGCGCAAGUGCCCGACCUGUCGCGAGAACUUUGGCGCCAAGGACGUGAAAGAGAUCUAUCUCUAAAUCAAGAAUUUAUUGUUAUAUUGUGUUUGUCAUUUCAUUCUGUUUGCUGGAUUUACAUCUUUCGGUAUCAUCCUCUCCACUUAUGUUUUGAUCCUU